AGAUGAGACUCCUGAAGGGUUGAAAGAGGUGCGCGAUGUCGGAAGCAGUGAUGGGGACCAGCGUCGUCCGGUACACGAACUCGAGCCUCCUGCGGGUGGCUUCCGGAGCCGGAGACACGACGAUGUUCUGCCAGCCGAACAGCACGGCCGACGACGGGAGCUACAUCGAGGAGGACAUCCAAGUCCGGAUCGAGAGGAUCGUCGAGAUCCUAGUGCCGCUCCUCUUCGGCGUCAUCAUCGUCCUGGGCCUCUUCGGCAACGCCCUCGUCAUCAUCGUCGUCUCGGCGAACCAGCAGAUGCGCUCGACGACGAACCUGCUCAUCAUCAACCUGGCCAUCGCCGACCUCCUCUUCAUCGUCUUCUGCGUCCCGUUCACGGCCGUCGACUACAUCAUGCCCUACUGGCCGUUCGGGGACACCUGGUGCAAGACGGUGCAGUACUUCAUCGUCGUCACCGCCUUCGCGAGCGUCUACACGCUGGUGCUGAUGUCGCUGGACAGGUUCCUGGCCGUCGUCCACCCGAUCGCGUCCAUGUCGGUGCGCACCGAGCGCAACGCCUCCCGGGCGAUCCUCAUCCUCUGGGCGGUCAUCCUCGUCUCGACGAUCCCGGUCAUCUCGCGCCACGGCGAGGUCCGCUACGAGCACAACGAAACCGAGCACACCACGUGCAUCUUCCUCACGUACAACCCCGUCACUUGCCCCGGUGGAUACAGCUACGCCGCUUUUCAGAUUUCGUUUUUUCUGACGGCCUACAUGAUCCCGCUGACGAUGAUCUGCGCGCUUUAUUUCUUCAUGCUUUUCCGGCUGUGGCGGGGAGUGGCGCCCGGCGGCCACAUCUCGGCAGAGAGCCGUCGGGGCAAGAAGAGGGUCACCAGGAUGGUCGUCAUCGUCGUAGCCAAUUUCGCCUUCUGUUGGUUCCCCAUCCAAGUGAUCCUGACGCUGAAGAGUCUGAACAUGUACAGUUUAUCCGCCCGAAAUGUGAUAUUGCAGGUGAUCAGCCACGUGCUGGCCUACAUGAAUUCGUGUAUAAAUCCGAUCCUGUACGCUUUUUUAUCGGAGAACUUCCGGAAAGCGUUCCGCAAGGUGAUUUACUGCCGGAAAGGAGGGCUCCGGGCGCGCGGUCACAUGGACGGCCGGCCCGGCGACGAGAGGUCCGCGCUCACCAAAACCACCAGAACCAAUGAUAUUUUAUGAGAGUACAAGAGCUCUGGAGUGGUGGAAAUUACGCAAAGCAAGGUUGACAGUGAGGUGUUGUUGACUGAUCGGGAGCUUACGAUAGAGGAAACGGAUUUCCUCUAAUGUUAACAGUGCCACCCUGGUCUUCAAGGACCGGUCUAGCCUUGCGAUGGCUGUGAGAUCUGCGCCGUGAAAACUAAGGCAGUUGACACCUUCAGCAGGGACCUCGACUUCAUAUUUGCAACCUCGAGUAUCUUUUUCGUGCCGUCAGCGAAAAUACUGAUCAAUCGCUCGGCUUUAAAUCUAUUGGGAUCCAGCGAAUAGGUAACAUUGUAUUUUUUCCAUUUAAACCUAUGGAAAUGUAUCGAUUCUUGGAGGGGCCAGGUGCUCUGACAUAAUUGAUUAUUUAGUAUAGGUUUAAAUGAAGGAAAUCCGGUGUUGCCAAAUUGCUGAAUAUAUCCAAAACCAGCCUAACUGCGUUUCCUAACCCUUUGUGGUGAUUUCAUUAAACAGGAAAAAAGUAAGCAGCGUUUUGUUCAACAUUUUGUGGGAAUUUCCCUCUUAAUGUAAGGGAAGUCACAUAUCGUUUCAGAGCACUACCUCUUGGGUUUUAAAAAUUAAACAUGAGAGAAAAUCAGGUGACGUGAAUCACAGUUAGGCAUACUUUGCCUAAAAUCGUUCAAUUGAAUCUUUUAAUACACGUGAGGCUUGAAACCGAAAUUAGUUUUCUGUUUUAUUUUGAAGAUGGCAUGCACCAAAAGCAAAAUUUGAUAUUUAAUGGCUGUUCUCGGUAAUGAUCAGUAUGGCUGAAUGAAUCGCAUUUUGUAGUAUUUAGUCCAUCAAGCUUAACCAACGGUUAAUUUCUCCAUAAUCAUGCCUAGCGCAAAACUCAAACAGGCUCACAGCUGAAAUAUAUCAUCCUUAUUUUGGCAUAGAAAUUGCAAACUUGCAUGAUAUGCAAUUAUGAGAAGAAAGGACGUCGCGUUGUAGCCAUCACUAAAGAGUAUAGUAGAGUAUAUUAUGAGUAUUCAUCUGCUCUGCAUUCAGCACCAUUAUUGGUGUUCCAAGCACAAAAAUGGUUGAGUAUUUGGUCGAGAGCAAUUUGAUUUAAAAUAGUGUCAAAUUAUAAUAUUUUCAUGACGAUUCGCAUACAUACGGAACGAUUCACAUUAUAAAGCAUUGAAAACCUUGAUAGAACAAUGGUUCAACAAGAAGCUGUGAAAGUGCUCAACUCGCUUCGGCCCUUUCUUUACAAGAGGAAAACUCUUGAGUUCUUACAAAUGCGUUCAUACAAAUUUUGAAUUUUCUGUUCAAAAAUGUCAAAAUGACUUUGACUUUAAAGGGUUCAUUCAAUGCUGCAAAUAGAGCAAGAUAUUUGGAAAAACAGGCAAGAAUUCUCGACAUUAAUUUUUUUAAAAUUCUUGUUUCCACUUCCGUUCUCUCAUUCAAAUAUUUUGAGCAUUGCAGGUUCUACAGAUUUGUUUAUGACCAGACCCAAUUAUGGGUCUUGAAGAAGAUUUUUAAGAAAUAAAAUUUCAUUUUUUUUUUUUUUUUUUUAAAAAAAAAGGAAAAUCAACUUUUUAUGAGGAUUAGCCAGCCCUGGCACGAGUUCAAAUCUCACGUCAUUGGCGCAAAUAUGAGAGUCAAAAAACAUUAUGACCGUGAUCAUCAUGAUCGAGAUCUACUACCAGUGAUCGUUGUUGUAUACCUACGUUACGUGAUUGUUCAAGUUUACUAUUCAAUCUCCGCACGAGAGAGCACUUAACGAAACUUCGAAAAUUAGUUUUAAAAAAUUGUAAACUCGAUGCUCAAAUUUGGAAUUGACGUAUUAAAAAUUGUGUUUUUAUUUAC